AUGUCUUUAGACGAGGGGCUCCUGGAGACAGUUGCCCAAGAUGGAUUGAUGGAAUACGACCGGUGGCCCGCACAACUCGAACCGUUGCUCGAACGACUCGACCAGAUUGUUCGCAAUGAAUUUCCCAUGCCAAAGGUGCCACAACAACUGGCAUCUUCCUUCGUUUCACACCCUUCGUCCUUCCAGUCAUCAUACCCUAUCCAUGAUUCCCUACAGAGCAGCAACAAGGAGAACGCUCCACCCGCAGACCAGCCACUGUAUUCAGAAACCCAAGAAACAUUAGAGCAGUCUGCACUAAACACAGACGGUCCACACCAAACGCUCCAUGGCGACACCGACGCCGAUUGCCUGCCUCCGACAUUACUCUCACUCCUUGCCUCAAUCAAAAGCACUCUACGAACAUACUUUGUAUCAAACCCACCGCAUACAAUCCAGCGACUAGCCGAAUUGAUUUUGCGUCCAACACGCCAAUACCGAACUCUCCCCGCAUAUCUUAGAGCCGUGGAUCGGGUGGUAUCUGUCUCGAGCAGUGCGGACAUCUUCCCCCUACCGCACACAGGCGGACCCGGGGGGACGGAAUUAAGCAAUGGCAUUACAAACGGCACAAGCUCACACCCCGUGGUCACGGACGAUUCUCUGGGCAGUGACGAAUCGCUGGGGGGAGCGCUUCUCACGCCGAUUCCUUGGCUGGCCAACCCUGACCUCGAAGUUGCGCAUGCAGAUAUGGUUGCAGAAGGGGCAGUCCCACUUCGCACAGACGCAGCCGUGACCCAGGGAGAGCUUAUCAGACAGGAACAAGAAGCUGGCCUAAUAGCUAAUUCCCAACCCUCGCCGCACUCUUCAAACAGUCUGACCGAGAAUGGAGACGGCGACGACCGAUCAUCUCCACAGCCUGACGAAGUACCUCAUGCUCGUGGACCGUCGGUAGUCGGCGUCGAAGACUUGGGGCUGCAAGAUGGCAAAGGCGUCGAAAUGACGCUUUCGAGCUCAAACCCGGACCAGGAAGGUAAUGACGGAGCGGAUGCUUCGCCAAAUCCUUCUAGCGAGACAUUGGAGGUGCAACCAAGUGACAAUGGGGAUGCAGACGGAGAUAUUGUCCUUGACGAUGUAUCUGCCCCCAAGGAGAGUGCCUCUGCCAAAACCGAAACAGAUGACGGAUCAGAAGCACCGGAAAUAGAUGCGAAGGAACAAAAUGAACUGGCAUCAAACGUCGACGCCACGAAUGAAUGA